UGCAAGUUCUGAAUAUUAUUUCAAUCAACGUAAAACUAUAUUAAUUCAUGUGAUAAAUAAUAUUAUCGAAUAUUUAUCUCAAAUUGCUUAUCGGAACACACAAAAAUUGUUUAUAAAAAAUGAAUCAAAUCAAAUCAUUAAUAUUUCAAAACUUUUAACUGAAUGGACUCAAAAUACCACUGGGGAAUUUAUAUGGGGUAAAGACAUCACGAACUAUAAAGUUAAUAUUCUUGGUUCUAAUUAUAAUUCAGAAGAGAUGUUGAUAAUGAAAUCAUUAAAUGAAACCUUUCAAGACUUGUAUAAACAUUCUAAAAAAAUUUGGAAUAGAAUCUAUUUUCCUCUAUCAAAAUGGCCUAUAACAACAGAAUCAUGCCAUCUUUUAUAUAAUAUCAAAAACAUACAUAAUAAGAUAGAACAAAUUAUGAGAUCUAAAUUAGCAAAUGAAACAAAAUCAAUAGCUAAGGAUAUUUAUGUUAAAAAUAUCAAAUUUAAUAUCCCUAUUAAUUCUAUACGAGAUGAUUUAAUUAUUACAACAUUAUCAGGCUUGAAUAUAAUGAGAUUAACAAUAAUGUCUAUUCUUUAUCAUUUGCUCAAUGAAAAAAACAAAAAAUGGAGAUUUUUGGUUUUAAACGAAAUUGAAUCUAUAUUUGAAAAGGAACUAAAUUCAUCAAAAUUUGAAUAUAAAAAAUUAUCAGAAUGCAAAAUAUUAAAUGCUGUAAUAUUUGAAGUUUUACGCUAUGAAUCAGCAAAUUCACUACUUAAUAACCAAUCUAUAAAUAAUUUCGAUCUAAUUGUUGAUCAUGAUAAAUCGUUAAAAACAUUCGAUCCAUCUAGAUUUAUUAAUAAAAAUAUCGUAAAUUCGAAUUUCUUUCUACCUUUUGAAUGUAAUUUAUCAUGUAAACAAGAUAUUGAUACAAUGAAUUUUACUUUAUUGAGUAAUGUAAACUUUGAUAUUAUUCAUAAUUCUAACUAA